AUGAGUGCUUGGUGCUAUAUCGUGAUCAUGAUGUGCACGAUCAACAAUGGAGUCCUGUCCCCAGCACCAAUGAGCGCUGAAAUGAAGGAAACCUACGAUCGUCAUUACUGGUAUGCACAAGCUCAAGAAACUUUGCAAAAACGUCUUCAAUACGCUUCAGAAAAGAAUCCUGUGGCAAAGAACGUGAUAUUAGUCGUUGGCGAUGGUAUGAGCUUAACAACAGCUACAGCAGCGAGAAUUUUACGAGGACAGCGGAGAGGUCAAUCCGGGGAAGAUACGGAUCUGGUCUGGGAUACUUUUCCCGCAGUAGCUCUUGCGAAGACAUACAACGUAGACGCACAAACAGGAGAGUCAUCGGCCUGCGCUACGGCGCUUUUAUGUGGAGUAAAAGCUCGCUAUGAAACGUUAGGCCUCGACGCUGGAGGUCGUUUCAAUAACUGCGCAUCUGCAAUCAGCUCCAAAGUUACUUCACUGAUUGAUUGGGCUCAUGAGGCCGGUAAAUCGAGCGGUAUUGUGACAACAGCACGCGUAACCCACGCUACUCCAGCUGCUUUAUAUGCACACGCGCCUUCGAGAUAUUGGGAAGAUGACAGUCGAGUACCUCCAACUGUGAGACGUGACUGUAAAGAUAUCGCCUUACAGCUUGUUGAAAAUGAACCAGGGAGAAAUAUUAAUGUUAUAAUGGGUGGAGGGAGACGUCAUUUCCUUCCAACUGUAACUCCAGAUCCUGAGCAUUCGAAUAGAGAAGGAAGAAGAUUGGAUGGUAGAAAUUUAGCUGAGGAUUGGGCGAGAGAAAAGAAAAGGAGGCGGCUUCGAGCCCAGUAUAUACAUUCACGGGAGCAACUCGCUAAGUUAGAUCCAAGGACGGUUGAUUAUUUAUUAGGUCUAUUUGAAUAUUCUCAUAUGGAGUUCAACGCUGAAAGGGGAGCUGUGUUGGAUACAGAAGAAGGCACAGCUGCCGGCACAGUUGUGAAGGCGGACGAUCCAUCAUUAGCAGACAUGACCCGCGCGGCUCUUGCAAUUUUGACAAAGAAUGAUAAAGGAUUUUUCUUACUUCUUGAGGGUGGACGAAUAGAUCACGCGCAUCAUUAUAAUAAUCCGUAUAGAGCUCUUGAUGAGACGUUAGAACUUGAAACAGCCUUAUUAGCGGCACUGGAAAAAGUGAAUCCAGCCGAGACACUGAUCGUGGUGACUGCUGAUCACGGUCAUGUAAUGACUUUCGGCGGUCAAGCUACGCCGAGAGGUCAUCCUAUUUUAGGUGCAGAUACAGUAGUGUCUGAUAUCGACGGCUUUCGGUACACAACCUUGUUAUACGGAACAGGGCCAGGUCAUUCAGAGCCUCGAGCUCUACCCCUAAAUAGCACUAACAGUCCAGCUGACGCAGUUCACGCCGCAGCUGUACCUCGACAGUGGGCAACGCAUGGUGGAGAAGAUGUACCAAUUUAUGCUUUAGGUCCAAUGGCUACGGUUUUAUUUGCUGGUGUGGUAGAGCAAAGCUACAUACCUCACGCUAUCGCCUAUGCAGCAUGUCUAGCACAUCAAGCAAGACGAUGUCAGGAACCAAUUUUUAACUUUACAAAACCUCAAGUAAAAGUCAAAAUACCGAACUGUGUCCCUACGGAAGUCAGCAGUGCUUCAGCAGCUGAUGAAACUAGAAAUGAAGGUUCGAGUGGUCGGCGCGUCGUGGUUGCUUCGAGCGUCAUGUCUGAUGAGCGAGUUCCGCGUUCGUCUGCUACACUAAUCACUCCUCUUGUGAACGUAUCACGUUACUUACUAAUGUUUGCGUUGAGUUUUGGACUCUGAGAGCUCGAUGAGCAGCCAUUUAAGUUGUUUGAUGUCAACAUCAGACAUAUCCUAAAACGUUUUUGUACAGGGAUCGUUUAUAAAUAUUGUAGCACUAUAUAAAAUAAAAUUUGUAAAUAAAAUUUUAUUAAUAAAUGUAAAUAAAUAGUUC